UGAUGAGUGAUAUUAAAGGUUCUACCCCGUAACUAGGCAACAUUCGAGGGUCGGCCGAACGCUAAGGACUUGGCGUAGAAGGCUCAUGCUGACCUGACCGGGAAAUAAAAAGGGGACCAGGAUCGCCCCUGAUAAGGUCGCAAUAUGACUGCUUACCUAAGACGGGUAGCACACACAAAAUUCCUUGUCCACUUCUGGCCUUUUCCGCUCUCGCUUUUCAUUCUUCUCAAUCACGGUUGGCUCAACUCCCGGUCAGAAAAUACACCUUGAUAUCACUCCUUCUGCAUAACCCAACAAAGCAGAGGUGAUACCGGACACGCCGCUAGGAUCCUGGACCGCAACACGAGGACGAGAUGCCGACGCUUGACCAAGUCGAGUACUCGCAGGAAGCCACGGUCACCGCUGUGACCGACUUCUAUGCCUUCCUGACCAAGAUGUACCUUCCCGAGUCAGCUGUCGUCCACCCGCCGCCAGGGGGGUGGCCGACGUUGGCCUCUGAUCUACAGGACCUGGGCAAAUCGGACGAGGUGCUGAGCCUGCUUUCGCACUUACCGUACGUGCGCGAGGAUCUACCUGACAACGAGAUACCCCAAGUUACCCCGGGUGGGGGUUGGGCAGACUGGCGUAUGUCCGGUAUCUGGGUGCGCGAGGGCCGUAGCGACAUUGAUGGGCUUCGUACCGUCACCGAGGGCCCUGCCAUCAUGGAGCACGUGCCUGAGAGUGUCGUUGGGCUGACGAUGAGCGAGCACCAUGUCUUUUUGAUUGACACGGAGCUUGGGGUCGUCUACUGGCCCGAGUGUCCUGGUCGGCUCCGCGACGGGCCCCGCUGCAUCGAGGACGACCCGUACGACUACUGUGACGACGAUGACGAGGCCGACUGGCGUGCCGACGGCGCCGCCUGGUCUGUCGUCGACUUCUUCAAGGUGCUGAAGGCCGAGUACCGCUCGCUGCGCUGGGUGCCGUGGAACGAGUACCAGGUUUUGGAUUCGGAGACUAGGAGGAGGAGGAAUCCUAUCCCGGCCCUACAGGAAGUUUACAGGCGUCACGGCUGGCCUAAUCUGCAACAGUAUCGCAAGCAGGAGUGCCUCGAGGAGACGAAGGCGGUCAUGGUUGCAAUGGAGCAGGGAGGGGAUGAGGCGGGCGCUUAGAGUUAAAGCGGUUUAGGUGUGUUCGUUUACUUUCCGGGGCCCACUGGCAAGGGGUCGUGCGGGUGAUUGACAAACGGCCAGGCAGAACAAGUUACUACAAAGAGGUUAACCUUCGCAUCCA